AUGUCUCUAGGACUUCCUCCGGGUCCUCCAGGACGACUCCUAGUCGGAAAUCUCUUUGAUUUACCACAUGACCAACAACACUUGAAGUUUCAUGAGUGGUCGAAGGAGUAUGGGCAUGUGAUACACAUAAGUAUAUUGGGACAGCACAUAGUCGUCCUGAACUCUCUGCAAGCAAUUUCCGACAUUUUCGAGACGCGAUCUGCUAUAUAUUCGAGCAGGAGUCGCCAACCCAUGAUUAUUGAAUUGGUGGGAUGGGGAUGGUUUUUCGCAAUGCUUCCGUAUGGUGAAGAAUGGCGGAAGGGAAGACGUGCCUUCCAUCAAUAUUUCAACCCGGGAGCAGUAGAGGAAUACCAACCCCAGCUGAUUCAGGCAGCACGGAAAUCCCUUGGUCGCUUUCUGGCAGACCCGGACGAAUUCUUUGCUCAUGUUCGCCAUAUGGUUACUGCAUUAAUAAUGGACGUCGCAUAUGGGAUCGAGAUAUCGCAUAAAGAUGAUCCGUAUAUCCAAGUCGCGGAAGUAGCUAUGGCGAGUAUUUCCGAGUCAGGCAUGCCAGGAGCGUUUCUUGUGAACCACAUUCCGAUCCUCAAAUAUGUGCCAGUUUGGUUUCCCGGUGCAGGCUUCCAAAAAAAAGCCAAAUAUUGGAGGAAAGUCGUGGAGGACAUGAUUAACAAACCCUUUCAGAAUGUGGCAGAUGCUGUGCGCCAAGGAACUGCUACCCCGUCCAUCACGUCCGCGGCACUUCAAGGUCUGCCAGAAGAAAUGGAAGAUACGGCACAUGAGCGUGAUACGAUAAAGUAUCUUGGAGGCAUUGCGUACACUGUAUCCACAGCACAUAACUGGUUCCUUGCCAUGGCCAUGUAUCCUGAUGUCCAGAAACGAGCACAAGCAGUAUUGGAUGAAGUCGUUGGAACGAGCAGACUGCCUGACUUCUCUGACAGAGAUCGGCUUCCGUAUAUCGAGGCUAUGAUUAUGGAAACCAUGCGAUGGCAAGUUAUAACUCCCCUAGGCGAGUGCGUCCUCUACGGGCUGUCUUUCGCCUUUCCGCAUUGCUCCACUGAGGAUGACGAGUAUCAAGGUUACUUCAUUCCUAAGGGUUCACUUGUGUUCGGAAACGCUUGGUCGAUUCUGCACGAUCCUAAAGAGUACCCCGACCCAGAGCGCUUCAAUCCUGAGCGAUUCCUGGAGGAUGGUAGAAUCAAUCCUAACGUCAGGGACCCCAGAGUUGCAGCAUUUGGUUUCGGAAGACGCAUCUGUCCUGGGAGGUUCCUCAGUGACAGAAUGAUGUUCAGCCUUGUAACCUCCGUCUUGUCUGUCUUUGACAUCGCACCUCCUUUGGACCAGGAAGAUAACCCCGUGUCACUCAAGCCAGCUCUGUCGCCUGGUAUCAUCGGAAUGUCUGCUCCCUUCAAAUGCGCUAUCAAGCCGCGGUCGCCGGCUGCAGAGGAUCUUAUACGUAUCCAUAGCGAAAAGCCAUAA